CGAAAAACGCCGUGUGUAACGUGCAAGGUUGACGCACUAAGGUAAGAAAAAAGGAAAAAAAGAAAAAAAACAAGCGAACCAACCGAGCAAAAAAGAUGUCUGAAUCCAAGUACCGCGAGUGGAUCCUGGACACUAUCGACUCGCUGCGGUCGCGGAAAGCCCGGCCGGACUUGGAGAGGAUUUGCCGAAUGGUCCGGAGACGACACGGGUCCGAGCCCGACCGAACCUGCGCAGAACUGGAGAAACUGAUACAGGAACAAACCGUGUUGAAAGUUAACUACAAGGGCUCUAUAUCAUACCGAAACGCCGCCAAGGUUCAGCGGAGAAGCAGAAAAAAAGACGAUGUAACGUUAACGACGGCUGCGAGAAGGAGCGCGGUGGAAGAAGCCAGUCAUUCUGACUUAAGCAACGGGGACAGCGCUUUCGGUCCUGUGGACCAGGACGAGGAGGAUUUGGAGGCUGACACCUCUAUGGCAAUGGACACAGACAGUAAUGCAGAUGAGGAGGGGGCUGAUGAGAGCCGGGAUGGGCAGGACGGGCCCUCUCCUGGCCGCACGUAUGAAGAUGCCGUGGUGCACUGUGCCUCUGUGCGAGCCGCCUCUGCCCCCUGCUCUCCCUCUGGCACUCGGCCUGGCCCCGGCCCUGGCUGCAGCCCUGGCUCGGGGCUGGACUGUGUCUCUUUCCAGAAGGCUGGUGAGAGGCCCAGCUCCUUGCCCCCCUCCAGCCCCAGGGCCCUCGCACACAAUGACUGGGCUUAUGAUUCUGCUGUCUGCCCAGCGGAGCGCCAGCACCCAGGAAUGCAGAGAGACAAAGCAGCAGCCACGAAGCCAGCAAUCAACUCUACCACCACCAGCCCCUGUGCUUUAAAGAACAACGUGAAGAAAGAAGAUGGAGGCAAGGUGGAGGAUAGCAGCCUUUCGUCUGACCAGUUGGUACCAGACUAUGCAGCACGAAUGGAUGAGACCAGGAGUGUAACCGAUGGAAGACCACAGACAAUGUCUCUGCCACCUGACAACUGUACAUUUAAAAAGAAGAUAGAUAUAUUGCCUUUUACAACAGCUGAAGACGGUCUUCUGAAUGGUGGUAAAGGUGAUGAAGUCUCUGUGAAGAAGGAGAAGAUGAGCCAGAACUUGUUGCAGUGGACUGUGGCAGAUGUGGCCAGUUACUUCUCAGCUGCAGGCUUUCCAGAGCAGGCCAUGGCGUUUCGAACACAGGAAAUUGAUGGGAAAUCCCUUCUCCUGAUGCAGCGCAGUGAUGUGUUGACUGGUUUGUCCAUUCGACUCGGCCCUGCCCUCAAAAUCUACGAGCGCCAUGUAAAGGUCCUGCAGAGGACCCACUUCCUGGAAUACGAAGACCUCUGAAGUGGUGAUUCACAUGGCAGAAAAUGCUGCAUUGACCCAAACAUGCAUGCAGUGCCCUCUCCCAUCCGGAUCCUGCCACCCACCUUCAUAUACAGCAUAUGUAGAGGGUGAGUGGAGGGGGAAAUGCUGCGGUGGAAUGAACUUUCACUGUGAGAAUGACCAGAAACUGAAAGACAGUCAUCCUACCUCUCAUUACGGUCUUUGGUUUUUAAAUAAUUGUCAUUUUGCCCAUGUGACCACAUAGUGAAGGGAAGAGACUGCUACGAUCAGAGUGUGUUGUAAAGUGGAGGAGCAGUGACCUCUCUGCAAUAGUAAAAAAAUGGGUAAUGCAGCCAGGGAAGAGGACUCAACCUUGCACCAAGUGCACCACCUAUGGGCUACUAUACUCAUACAGACCAGACUGCAUAGUGCUGUAGCAAAGUGUUGUCACAGUUUUGGGUCCACAAGAAAAUGUUGGUUUGUUGCGGUUUUGAAAUUUCUCCCAGUGUCCUCCCUCUACCUACCACAGUACCUUCUGUCAGUCCAGAAACAGUUUGUAACUCACACAGAUCAACACAAAGCACAGGUGCUGUGCACUUUUCUUUACUCAUAUGAUGGGUUGAUGUAAAUGUCAUCAAAGUGCUGGGGAAGUCAGACUAUCUACAUAUCUGCAUCAAAAGUCAACAGAGUCUGAUUCCUGACUUAUCAUGUCACCAAUAGCUGCUGAUGUUGGAUUACGUCUUCAGUGUCUCUGUAACACUGAGAUAUAACCAAUAUGAUAUACUACUACUUGCUGGCAAGGCAAUAUGAUGUGUGUUGUUUUUUUUUUUUGUUUUAUCUUGUUUAGAAAUGACUGUGGUCCAACUUAAUACAGUUGCAUUCUGGGGAACAAUUUCACAACAACGUGACCAGAAAAUUUGCAGCCUAAUGGAAUUUGCUUUUAUACAUAAGCAAAGUAAAGUAAUGAACUUGUGGGGAAUGUUAUUGUGAUACUGAAUAUAUUGUUUUACAUUCAAUCCAGCUGCUCAGUGCCUGUUUACAGAGCAGAUAUGUUGAUCAAAUGCAAUAUUUUAUGUUCUCAUCCAUUUAUAAUUUUGUCGUGUUUCUCUGUGUUAUGAUCUAAGCCAGCCACUUGAAUUGUAACAUUCCAUAUGAUGUAGUCUACAUCUGCAAUGUAUCUCCUCCCCUUUUUAUCUGUAACACUGACACUUCUUCCAGAGUCACAAAUAAAGUUCGUGUCGCUCUGUUCAGUCACUGGUUUUGUGAUACAGUUUAUUAUCUUUGUAUCAGCAGUUAAACCUAAAAGCAAUUGUUUCAACAUGACGGUUUCUGGUGGCCCUUUCAGUCUCAAUUAAAUAUCGUAAACAAACUUUGCACUGCAGAUAAAAUUCCUGCUCAAGACUGAACACUUUCUUCACACAUAAAAAUUGCAGCAGGAGUAUUUUCAGUAACACAAAAAUCCUUCAUUUAUUCUGAAGGUUUAGUUGAUGCAGCCUUCUGUGAAAUACACAUUCAGUGAAAAUGGAAUAGAAAUGGUGAA